UUUCAUUCAAGAAAGUCUGUUCAUUGCUUUAUUUUCUCAUCUCACGGUCUGUUAAGAUCCAAAGCCCAUUAGAAAAGGGUGCUUGCAAUACUUUCUAACCUUGUGCAGAGUCGCCAUUGACUAUAUAUCUGCCAUUGAUUUGGUCUCUAAUCUUGGGUUAAUCCAUGGCUUCUAAAAGAACCCAACAUGACUCUUCUUGUUUUGAUUCUUCAUCUUCUUCAACACCAACUCGCUGGAGCCAUGACUCUUCUUGUUUUGAUUCUUCAUCUUCUUCAACACCACCUCGCUGGAGCCAUGACGUCUUCUUGAAUUUCAGAGGCGAAGAUACGCGCAAAAACUUUACGGGUCAUCUCUACACGGCUCUGGUUCGAGCUGGAAUUAAUACCUUUAUGGAUGAUGAUGAACUCCCAAGAGGACAAAACAUUUCUUGUGAGCUGCUAAAAGCAAUUGAAGAAUCGAGGAUCUCCAUCAUUGUUUUCUCAAGAAACUAUGCUUCUUCAAGAUGGUGCCUGGAUGAGCUCGCGAAGAUCAUUGAAUGCAAGCAAACACUUGGACAAUUAGUUCUUCCAAUAUUCUACGAAGUUCUUCCAUACGAAAUACGGAUACAAUCUGGGUGUUUUGGAGAAGCAUUUGCCAAAUUCGAAGACUCUUAUGCUCAUGCAAUAGAGAUUGUGCAAAGGUGGAGAGCUGCCCUCUCUGAAGCUGCAAAUAUAUCAGGGUUUUGUUUGGAAGAAGCAAAUGGGCACGAAGCAAAGCUCAUUCAAAAUAUAGUUGAAGAGGUUUUAACUAAGGUGAACCAUACAUUCCUAAAUGUUGCUAUGCACCCAGUUGGAAUAGAUUCCCGUGUUAAAGACAUAAAUUUGUUGUUGAGCAUUGGAUCAGAUGGUGUUCGCAUGAUUGGAAUACAUGGCUUGGGUGGAAUAGGCAAAACGACCAUUGCAAAAGCUGUUUACAACUUUAUUUUUCUCCAAUUUGAAAGUAGUUGUUUUCUUGCAAAUGUUAGAGAAGUUGCAGGGCAACUCAAUGGCCUAGUCCAACUGCAGGAACAACUUCUUUCUAAAUUAUUAAAGAGAAAGGAUCUAAAAAUUGAUAGUGUUGAUAAAGGAAUGACAUUGAUGCAACAAAAACUCCAUUCUAAAAGAGUUCUCAUUGUUCUUGAUGAUUUAGAUCAAUUACAUCAAGUAAUUUCCUUAGCAGGAAGCUAUGGUUGGUUUGGUGGAGGAAGUAGAAUCAUCAUAACAACUAGAAACGAGCACUUGUUGAACGAAUUGAAAGUUGAAAGAUAUAUGGUCAUGCCUUUAAAUCACACAGAGUCUCUGCAGCUUUUCAGUUGGCAUGCCUUCAAAGAAACCAUUCCAUUAGAAAACUAUACAGUGCUUGCAAAUGGUAUAGUAAGUUAUGCUGCUGGGCUUCCACUAGCUCUUGAAGUUUUGGGCUCUUAUUUGCUUAGAAAAGACGUGCAAGAAUGGAAAUGUUUAUUCGAUAAAUUACAGCAAAUCCCUCAUAUUAAAAUUCAGGAAAUACUCAGGAUAAGUUUUGAUGCACUGGAUGACAAAAUGAAGGAUAUCUUCCUUGAUAUUGCAUGCUUUUUCAUUGGAACGGACAAAGACUAUGCCAUUGCUACAUUGAAUGGUUGUGGUUUCUUCGCCGAAAUUGGCAUUAGUGUUUUGAUCAGUAGAUGUUUACUGAAAAUUAAUGAUAGAAAAGAGCUAAUGAUGCAUGAUCUACUUCGGGAUAUGGGAAGGGAAAUUUGUCGUCAAGAAUCCCCCAAGGAACCUGGAAGGCGCAGUAAAUUGUGGUUCCAUGAAGAUGCAUGCACUAUACAAGAAAAGCACAAGGAAGAACCAAUAGCAUCAGGAGAGGAAUCUCCCAUUCAAAUGAACCCCUCAGAAAUUGGAAUCACCCAGUUUAAGGAACCACUGCCAAAAGCCCUAAAGAAAACAAUGGCAGUUGAUUUUGAUAGCUUCUUUGAGUCCCUAACUAGGAGGUCCACCCCUUCUUGUUUUGAAACUUUUGGAAGCGCUAAAACUUCUUCAGCACAUGGUCCCUUCUCUUUAGAAGACAUUAAAAAGUCAAAGACAAGUCUGAAACAGCUCAUUGCACUCUCCUUUCCAGAGGUACUUCAUCCUGGAAAGCUCCCAGUACUAACAAAAGCAAUUGGGACUCUAGUCCGUGCUCAAGCCUUCAGUGAAGAUCAUCAUCCAUUUUUGCAAUGCUUUCAUGAUGACCUCCCUACCCUAAGCCAGACCUAUGAGGCAAUCGUCAGAGAGAAGGCAACCAUGGAUCAGAAACUUCAACGAUUUUCACUCUUGGAAUCUAAGCUGAGUGAUGUGUAUACAUUCUACCAGAAGUUAAAAACUGAAGCAAGAGAGAGUGCCACCAGGAAAAAGGAGAUUGAAGCCACCAUAGAAUCCCUUCAAGCUCAGAUGGUUAUAGCCGAGGCAAAUUCUAGCAGGAUUGAAAAUGAAAUCUGGAAACUGUUUCAGUCUUCUCGUCCUAUGAAACAGGAGCAAGAGGCCUUGGAUGCAGAUCUACCCAACCUUAGAGCCAAGAAGGCCCAGCUUGAUGCAGAUUUGGAGGCCACCACUAAAGUUUGGAAUGACUUCAAGGGAAAAUUUGGGGGCCUCCUUUAAACUUUUUCUUUUUUUUUUCCUUAAGUUUUUUUUUUUUUAAUUAUAAUCUUCCGAUUCCUUGUUUUUUGAAAUGAAGAAUCUACACUUUUUGUAGACAAA